GGCAGCACGUGGGCGUGCUCUUCACCCCGGUGCAGCUCAGGACAAGUGCGGCGGGGCCGUGCCCUACAAGCUUUCGCAUGCUGCCCGCGCCCCUCUGCGGCUCCACAUACCUGGAGGCAGGUCAUAAAGGGCCCGGGAGGGGAAGCACGUGAUGCAGGUGAGCUCGGCAGGCGAGUUUUUAGCAGAGGACCGGGGCUGCGCUGCAGGAGUGUCUGCCUGAGCUCGCAGGAGGCGGGACGGCUGCAGUGCCCUCGCGCUCCCGGGCCGUUCGGCAAAGCCAUGCCCAGCGCGGACGGCUCGGAGGGAGAGCUGGGAGAGGCCCGUUUCCCGGGGCUCAGGCAGGAGCUGUGGGUCCCCAGGGGCAGCGAGGCCUCAUCUUGCCCCAGCGAUGGCGAGGAGCCCAAGGGGAGGCGCAGGAGCAGGCCAGCGCGCUCCAAGGCGAGGAGGAUGGCGGCCAAUGUCCGGGAACGCAAGCGCAUCCUGGACUACAACCAAGCCUUCAACGCCCUGCGGCUGGCCCUCAAGCACGACCUUAGCGGCAAAAGGCUCUCCAAGAUCGCCACGCUGCGCAGAGCCAUCCACAGGAUUGCCGUCCUGUCCAUGUCCCUGCGCUCCGGCCCGGCCCCGCGCUGGCCCUGUGCCCAUGCCGAGUGCCGCCUCUGGCGCCGGACGAGGGGUUCCGCGUGCCGGGGACCACGGCGCAGCCGAAGCGCCCGGCUCCGGGCACAGAUCCGCUGCCAGGGCCUCGCGGCUGGAGAACCGCUAGAGCACCCGGGUUUCCGGCACCGCGCCGCGGGGCUGUUUGCUUCCCCCGCCUGA